AUGCAGUUCACCAUCGUCGCCGCUCUCUUCGCCUCGGUCGCCAUGGCCGCCCCCGCCACCCUCGCCGCCCGCGCCAGCGUUUGCCCUUCGGGCCUCCUCAACGGCAGCCCCCAGUGCUGCGCUACCGACGUCCUCGGCGUCGCCAGCCUGGACUGCUCCGUCCCCAGCCGCACUCCCUCCGACGGCGCCGAUCUCAAGGCCAUCUGCGCCGAGGCCGGCAAGUCUGCUCUCUGCUGCAGCGUCCCCGUCGCCGGCCAGAGCCUCCUCUGCACUGCCGUCAUCGGCUAA